GCCAUUUUUGCGCUCCAUUGUGCUGAUCACCACGCACGUACUCCGAGUCCCUAGUUCAGCCUUACAAGCCAGAUAAGUUGAUUAAACUUUUCCCUCAUUCAUUAUUUUCACAUUUACCUUAAAUACAUAGCUCCUUUAAAUACAUUGCGUAUCAGUUCUUUUGAUUUGUGUUUUGUUACCAGUACUUACACGUUAGGUAAAGUACUGGUUAAGCAGGUACUAGAGCACAUCAAAUUAAGUAGGGUUGAUCAAACGUUACGGAAUUGUAACACGCAUCCCUACAAAAUUGGUGAGCCCGAGUAUCACUUCUUACUUUGUCUAGUACCUUUGUUCUCUUGCGUUGAUUUGUCUGGCCUAUUUUUGUUUUUGGCACGUCUAGCGUUUUUUUUUAUUAUUGCACUCCUCAUUGGUUAUUUUUGCAUUGUAAUUUUUUUUAUUAUCACUAUCGUGCCUCGUUAAUUCCCUGAUCAAUGGCGGAUAACGACUCGACUGCGCAGAUGGCCAUAACCCUCCAGCUUCCCACCUUCUGGGCCCACAGACCAUCUGCAUGGUUCUCCCAUGUGGAAGCUCAGUUUGCCUUGAGACACAUUCAAUCACAAGAAACUAAGUCCAACUUAGUCAUCGUCAGCUUACCGGAAAAUGUGAUUGAAGACGUGUCAGAUGUGCUAGAUGACCCAGCACCGAAUCUUUACGAUCGCCUCAAAACCGCCCUCAUCAAACGUGUUGCACUUACUGACCAGCAGAAAGUGCAAGAACUUUUCAGGGAUGUGCAUCUGGGUGAUCGCAAGCCGACGCAACUGCUUCGUCAGAUGAAGCAGCUGAUUGCUGACUUCAACAUUGAUGAAGCAUUUCUCAAGCAACUGUGGUUACAGAGGUUACCACAGUCGGUUCAAGGGAUCCUCGCACCCUUCCAUAAGUGUCCCUUAAUAGAGUUGGCGGAAGCGGCUGACAGAGCUGUGGAUGCUACGAAACCCAACACUAGUAUCUCAGCUGCACUGUCUACUGCCACGGAUUCGUCCAAAAGCCCACAUCCUCCUUCGGCUGUUGAGCCAACAAGUUUCGAUGUUAUAACUCACAUCUCAAAAUUGUAUGAAGAGUUGUGCAGCAUCAGGAACGAAAUGCGGUCUGGUAGUUCUUACAAAGGUCGCACGUCUCGCUCGCGCAACAGGUCUGCCUCCCGUACCGAUAGCAGACGUUCCAAAUCGCGACAAUCACAACCCAGGUUGUGCUGGUACCAUAAACGUUAUGGUGCCAAUGCCAAAAGUGCACUCGACCUUGCACCUUCGAGGCUAACCAGGCGGGAAACGUGUGAGCCAGCACGUGACGGCGACUAACGUCGCUGGCGAGCCACUUCCAUGUCGCCUCUUCUUCGUCACUGAUCGACAUUCUGGGAUACGCUUCCUAGUUGACACUGGGGCAGAAGCUAGCGUCAUCCCACCUACGAAGGAAGAGCGUCUGCGGCCAAUGUCUCUGCAACUUCGUGCCGCCAACGGUUCGCCCAUCACAACCUAUGGUCGGAGAUUCCUCGAUCUCAACCUUGGAUUGCGUCGUCCCUUUCGUUGGGUUUUCAUAGUGGCAGAUGUGACCACCGGCAUUAUUGGUAUGGAUCUCUUGCAGCACUAUCAGCUGCUGGUAGAUGCUGGCAAGCAUAAGUUGAUAGAUUCUACCACAACACUCUCUGUUUCCGGUAUAGUCACAAAGACGCCGCCCCUCAGUCCCGUGUACUGCACGACGGACGCUUCUAGUCCCUACGCGUCUAUCAUUCAGUCCUUUCCGGAUGUCUUUAAGCCAAGUCGUUGUGUCCCUUGUGUGACUUCGAACGUUUCUCAUCACAUAACGACGACUGGCCCCCCAGUGUUUGCGAAACCACGGCGAUUAUCCCCGGAGAAACUGCGUGCUGUAAAAGCCGAGUUCGAACACAUGCUUGAAAUGGGAAUAAUCAGACCAUCCAACAGUCCAUGGUCUUCACCCUUGCAUGUGGUACCCAAGAACAAUGGCAUGGACUGGAGGCCUUGUGGUGACUACCGAAGGCUCAACGCUAAAACGAUUCCAGAUCGUUACCCAGUCCCUCACAUUCACGACUUGACUGCAUCUUUAAAAGGCUCGGUUAUCUUCAGUAAGCUUGACUUGACGCGUGCAUAUCAUCAGAUCCCGGUUCAUCCUGAUGAUGUUCCCAAGACAGCCGUCAUUACACCGUUUGGUCUUUUUGAGUUCCUCCGUAUGCCUUUUGGUCUUCGCAAUGCAGCACAAACCUUCCAACGUUUUAUUCACGAUGUUUUACGUGGACUCGAUUUCGCCUAUGCCUACCUAGACGAUAUACUAAUCGCUAGUCCAGACGAAGACACCCAUUUUAACCACUUGAAACAGGUUUUCGCCAGACUGUCAGAGCAUUCGAUGACAGUCAACCUGGCCAAAUGCCAAAUUGGCGUUCGUUCACUAAAAUUUUUGGGACACGUUAUCGACGAGCAAGGCAUUCGCCCACUACCUGAAAAGGUACAGGCGAUCCAAGACUUCCCAGUCCCAGCGUCACUUAAAGCUCUGCGUGUGUUUCUGGGUAUGGUGAGCUAUUAUCGUCGCUUCAUUCCCCAAUGUGCACACAUUUUGACUGCACUGACCGACCUGCUGAAAAGUAAAUGUAAAACUUUCAGCUUGACUCCGGAGGCACUAGAAGCAUUUCGCAAGAUCAAAACCGCAAUAGCAGACGCCACGAUGCUGGUGCAUCAAGACGUAAACCUACCUCUUAGCAUUGCGGUUGACGCCUCUAACACGGCCAUUGGAGCUGUGUUGCAACAACUUUCGGAUCACACUUGGAUCCCAGUUGCAUUCUUCUCCGGAAGUUAUCCACCUGCGAAAUGCGGUACAGCACUUUCGGCAGGGAACUGCUCGCCAUAUAUGCCUCAGUGAAACAUUUUCGUCAUUUUGUGGAAGGUCGUGACUUCAUCAUCUUUACCGACCAUAAACCUCUGACGUAUGCCUUACACACCACUACUGACAGAUAUUCACCGCGUGAAUUACGUCACCUAGAUUAUAUUUCGCAAUUCACGUCGGACAUCCGUCAUAUUUCUGGUGUGAAUAACCCUGUCGCGGACGCACUGUCUCGCGUUUGCACCACUACUUUGCCUCGAGCAGUCGACUUACGGAAGAUUGCCGAACUUCAGGAUUCAGACGAGGAGAUUGGAAAACUUCAACACUCAUCCUCUCUGAAGAUACAGCGUCUACCGCUCCUGAACAGUGAAGUGUCAAUAUUGUGCGACACCUCCACAGGCACACCCAGACCCUUGCCGCCGGACUCCCUAACAGACUCGUUUAGUCGCGCGUAUCCUGAACCUUCUAAAAGAGCCACGUCUAGUAACACUGAUCCAGUAACCUCUACACGUGCUGGGAGGCGUGUACAUUGGCCCAAGCGAUACGCCGAGUUCGUUAAUUAGCCCCAGAGCAACUUCACACUUGGUGAAUUCGGAGUUUCAACUACUUUGUCGUGGCAUACACUUUCAAUGCGUUUUCAUACCUAAAGUUUUCAAAAGUCAUGUUUACUACUUUGCAAACAGUUUUUUUUUC